AUGAACGGUUUCAUCAAACGCAACGAAAUCAUGCGAAACGGACGCGUCAUAGAUUCGAUCGGACAUCUCCACUGCGACGUCUUCGAUCAGGAAAAGUUUUUACUGAACGGUGUAGAACUACAAGUACGCCUCGUACGCUCGAGAGAGAGCUUCUGCCCUAUGGAAACUGAAGCGCUGCAUACUCUACAUGAUCUAGAAGCAUCUUUACUCGUGCGCCAGGUGAAAAUCAGCCCAGGUAUAUUGCUGGCUCAUGCAAAAACUCUAGCCAAGGGUACGGCAAAAUAUCCGGUUACCCGAGUUGAAGUCAAAGCCUUCACCAUCCAUGCCGGCGUGCAGGCUGAGACGCUGGACAACGUCAUACUCGGACAACUACCGAAACGCGUCAUUUUGGGGCUAGUCAGCAACAAGGCUUUCAACGGUGACAGACAACGGAAUCCCUUCAACUUUCAACAUUUCAUGCUGAAUUAUCUAUCGUUGUACGUCGACGGCAUUCAAAUACCCUUGAAAGCUUUGCAACCGAGCUUUGGAAAGAACGGCGUAUACGUCGACACGUAUCACACUUCAUUCUCUGGGACCGGAGUACGUUUUCUCAACGAGGGCUGCGGUAUCGGACGACUACACUACGAAAUGGGAAAUCGUCUCACAGCAUUUGACCUAACGCCUGAUCUUGCGGCCAACUGUUCGUCUCACUGGUCACUCAUCAAACACGGAACACUCAGGAUUGAAUUACGCUUCGACGAUGCACUCAAAAAAACUAUUAACUGUAUCGUGUACGCGGAAUUCGACAAUAUUAUUGAAGUCGAUGCAUCGCGUCAGGUUGUCACAGAUUUCGGCGGUUAG